AUGAGUACCAAAAGAAACCAAGAUAUCAGGAAUUUGCUCGCCACUCAAGAUCUGUUGAGGACUGUCUUUGUUAAUCGGCAGGGCAACGCCAGCAUCAAUGCGGGACUGGUCACCGAACUCAUAUCCAUGGGGGGCCUACUCUCGAGCGCUUGGAUUGAUUCUGAUACACCUAUGGUAUCAGAGAUGAAGAUGAUCGUCUUGAGGAAGAAACUCGUUACCGAAAAUCCAGAGGUCAACGGGGCCUUCGUGCAGAAGGUAUCGAGAGAGACACUCAUGGCCAUGAGAACCUUUCUGGUGUCCGCUACUCUUGAAGCCGGCAAACUGGUCGUUCAAAAGGUCUGGGAGGGGAAUUUCAACGUCGACGCUGCUAAGGAAGCUAAGGAAGCCAUCGCCCAGUGCGUGAAAGUAUUGAACAUCGACGUCUCGACGUCUUCUAUCUGGCAUGAGCGCUUCCUGGCACGCGGGUGGGACAAGACGGGAGACAAGUUCAAGGAAUGGCGCUCCCAGGGUUUGGAAUACGUCACAGAGCUGGAGCAACUACUCAUCAAACUCGAGAAGGAAGGCUCCGACCCCCAAGCUAUCAUCUCGGGACUUCGUGAGAUGUAUCAUAUCCGCGAGCAUCUUGCCAAGGUCCAGUGGGAUGACUUCAAAGUUAGGUGGAACAUGUGGGGUGAUCCCAAGGCUGUGGACGAUGCCCCGAUGACAUUUAAGGCUCUGCAAGAUGAGAAGACCGUUUGGUCCGAGAUGACGGGCACUUCCGAUCCGCAGACUGUCGUCUCUGACCUGGAGAAGACGUUCCGGUCGAUCCUCGACGAGACUAUUGCUUCGAUUCUGAGUCAAGUCACCACCGCGGCUACUCAAGCAAACAGCAAGGAUCAGUGA